AUGGAUUCUGGAAGAGGAGAAGAAUUUGAUGCAUUAUAUGCCAAAGAGCGUGAAAAACGAAUUGGAAGAGAGCAAUUGCGUCGAAAACGAUAUGAUAUACAAAAGAAGGAUGGAUUGAAGAAUGUGAAACGUAUAGAUGCAAAAAGUAUUCGGGAUGUACUACGUAAACGAUUAAAAAGAGAACGAAUUGAUAACCAACAUCAACAACAAGAUGAUAAGACUAAUUAUAGAAGUGAUAAUGUUGACAAUGAAAAUGAUAGGAGUAAUAGCCAACGGAAAAGUUAUAAUUACAAAAAUCAUGGAGGUCAACAAGUGCAGGCAAUGAAAAAGGAAAAGAAGAAAGGCAGCUUAUUCCGAGCUAAAUUACGUGAACUUUCUAUGAGUUCUCGAACUAGACGAAAAAAAGAACUGGAUAGUUUACGCACUGAAUCAACUCAAGAACCAUCGUCGGGUAAAAAUUUCAAAUUUAAACAGCUACCUUAA